AUGGCCCCUACGCCCACCAUCGACCACGAGCUCGACAGCGCCAACCCCCACCCGAUCCCACCGCUUCACCUGCGUUGCCUCGACCUCGCGCACAAAGGCAGCGGCAUAUUCUUCCAGCACACGUCCUCGCCCCAAGCGGUCCUCUCGCUCGCCGCCUCGAACGUCCUCCGCCUCCUGUACCCGCCCGACUCGCCCUCGCCGCCCCCUCCCGUCCGCUCCAUCACCCUGCACCUGCACGCGUUCGACGGCGUCGCCUACACCUGCGGCUCGGACCUCGACAAUGACCACAAGGAGGUCCACCUCUCGCUGUCGUACCUCGAGGGCGUCGCCGAUCGCGCCCACGGCGACGGCGACGGCGGCGACGACCGCGUGCGGCACGAGAUCGAGGGCGUCCUCACGCACGAGCUCGUGCACGCGUUCCAGUACGACGGGCGAGGGACCGUGCCGGGUGGCGUCAUCGAGGGCGUCGCCGACUGGCUCAGGGGCGAGGCCGGCCUCGCGCCGCCGCAUUGGCGCGACGAGCCGGGCGAGGACGACAAGUGGGACGCCGGCUACGAGCGCACGGGCUUCUUUUUCGCUUUCCUCUCGCGCCACCUGUCGAACCCGCUCCUCGUCCCGCAGCUCAACGCCGCCCUGCGACACUCGACCUGGAACGACGGCGAGCACCUGCGCAAGCUCCUCGGCGGCAAGGACGUCGAAGCGCUGUGGGAGGUGUACAGGAGGACCGUCGGGAGCAAGGGCGAGGAGGAGGGAGAGGCGCCGGCGCCGGUUCCGACUCAUGGCCCUAGAUCUGGUUACGGCGUGCAGUACUAGCUAGAGCUUGAGCUGUC